UGGAAACCUCAGACGCGUCUUUUAAGAGUUUGUCAUUCAGGUGUGCUAUAAGAGGAACAAAAGUGACUGGAAACACCGAUUUUAUUUUGUGUAGUAACUUUUAAAAAGACAGCAAGCAGGUAAUUCUGUGGUAUCCGAAGUUUUUAUACGGUCACAUGGGUCCGUUUUUUUCUCUUUUUCACAGCACAGGUGUUUAUUAUCAGACCGACGCGCGAGGACGGGAAUAAGCCGCGAGUGAGCGCGCGCACGGCGGUAAAACAAAAUGUCCCGCUUGAAAGCGAAAACGCAGACGUGCAGUAGGUGUAUAAAGUGAUUUCAGGUUAAGGGUUUUAGAAGAUUUUAGAGGGUUUGUUUAGGUGGUUGAGGUGAUGGAGACGGACUCGGUGAAGUUGGAGUCGAGCGUGUGGCUCGGGAACAAGCGGCACCGCGCGCUGCUCAGCGGAUGGCGCUUCAGCUGGACCGAGCUGGACAAGAAGAACCGGGACAAAAACACCAUUUCAGUGCCCGUCUCCGAAGUGGUGGCAGUAAUGGAGGGUCAGGUUGAGAUCCAUCCCCAGAAGAAAACGAAGGACACUGACCGAGACUUCACACUGUUCUAUGUGAAGCGCAGUAACACCAGUGGUGGGAAGGGGCCGCUGUGGAGCCUGGGUAGAUCCCAGUUCUGUUGCCUCAGCCGUGACCUCAGGGACCAGUGGGUGACACAACUCCGAAUCGCACUCAAAACCCACUGUCCCUCUCGCCCUUGCAGGUUGUUGGUGUUCAUUAACCCCUAUGGAGGGAAGAAAAAAGCGAAGCAGAUCUAUCACUCCUCAGUGGCUCCUCUAUUUGAGCUGGCUGGCAUCAGCUCUCAUGUUGUGGUGACCGAACGAGCCAAUCAGGCGAGAGACCACAUCCUGAAGAAAGAUCUGACUGGGUUUGACGGUGUGAUUUGUGUUGGUGGAGAUGGAAUGUUCAGCGAGCUGUUGCACGGCGUGAUCGGACGAACCCAGCAGGAGGCAGGUGUUUCAGAACAUGACCAGUCUGUGAUGCUGCAGCCAUGUGACCUUCACAUCGGCAUCAUUCCGGCAGGCUCUACAGAUUGCGUUUGCUUUGCUACAGUAGGCGUGAAUGACCCGGUUACAUCAGCGCUGCACAUCAUUAUUGGAGACUCUCAACCUCUGGAUGUGUGUUCUGUCCAUCAUUGCUCCGCACUGGUGCGUUACUCCGUCUCACUGGUGGGCUACGGUUUUUAUGGUGACGUGUUGGCUGAAAGUGAGAGGCACCGCUGGAUGGGACCGCGCCGAUACGAUUACUCUGGUUUUUUAGUGUACCUGUGCAACAGGAGCUAUCAGGGAAUAGUGCAGUAUCUACCUGCAGACUCCCAGAUCACCAGCCCCAGAGACAACAGUCGCUGCCUCUCAGGGUGCAGAGUAUGUUCAGAGAGCACAGAAAGACUGUUCCCUCGCUCAGAGAGCUGCAGCUCUUUGUACAGCAGGCAACUCAGCCAGUACAGCAUUGAGUCAGAGGAUAACUGGUUAAGUGUUGAGGGCAGGUUCAGGUGCGUGUCCCUUACCUGCAUGUCUAGCUCAUGCCCACGGAGCCCCAAAGGUCUCUCGCCCUCUGCCCACCUGGCUGAUGGGACAGGGGACCUCAUCCUGGUAAGGAACACUAACCCCCUAGGCUUCCUCACAUACCUGCACAGGCACACCACCACACAGGAUCAGUUUGACCUGCCCUUCGUCGAGGUCCACCGCGUCAAGGCAGUGCGCUUUUCCUUUCUUCCCGGUGAAGAGGAUGACACUGAAGACCAGCCAAACGAAAGCCAAAAUAACACCCCCGGUAUCCUGGAGGAUCCUGAGACUCUGUGUAACAUCGAGUCGAACAACUUCGGUUCCAAGCAACACCUUGCAGGACCAAAGUGAACAAGGAUGAAGGAGAAAAGCAGGAACAAGAGUGAUUAUUUGUGCGGGCUUUGCUCUAGUGAGCGAUCUGCUACGUCGGUAUGGAACUGUGAUGGAGAGAUUUUGCCGUACGCUGAAAUCUCAUGCAGAGUACAUGGUCAGCUGGUGCGUUUGUUUGCCCGGGGCGUCGAGGAGGACCCAAGCUCCCGGAAAUACAACGAGGGAAACAGGAACUGCAGAGGGCGAUGUUUUUCACAUAGCUAAUAACCACUAAAUGGUAGAUCAGAAAAUAAAAGAUCAUAUUUAAGUUAAAAACAUUAAAAUAUUGCAAAAAAAUAA